CAUUUUCGAGCACUUCAUGGCAGCCAACAUUGAAAUACCAAAUAAUUGUUACGUACAAAAAGGGCCAAUAAAAAUUUCGCGAAAUAGCGCGGGAACUCCAAGCGUCUUCCUUUUGUCACAUUCGUAGCGUGUUGCAAAAAGUUUUGUAAAGAUUUACAUCAUUAUUCUACAAUUUUAAAUCAAUUUUAUAUUGAGAAAGUGUCUAUUAAAGUGUGAAGAGUCUAAAAUGUUUGUAAUCAAGAGAGAUGGAAGGAAGGAGGAUGUUAAUUGCGACAAGAUCACCUCGAGGAUCAAUAAACUCUGCUACGGAUUGAAUAUGAACUUUGUGGAUCCUCCGGCCAUUACGCAGAAGGUGAAGAAGGGUUUGUAUUCUGGAGUAACUACUCCAGAAUUGGACAAUCUGGCUGCAGAGAUUGCUGCCACAAUGACCACGGAUCAUGCAGACUUUGCCGUACUGGCAGCCCGACUCGUUGUCUCGAACCUGCACAAGGAGACGAAGAAACUCUUUUCUGACGUCAUGACGGAUCUCUACAAGGCUAUCAAUGAGACCACGGGGAAAUUGUCACCCAAGAUCUCAGAGAAGCACUACAACAUCAUCAUGGCCAAUUCGGAGAGGCUCAAUUCGGCCCUGGUCCAUGACCGGGACUAUGGCUACAGCUACUUCGGCUUCAAGACCCUGGAGCGGUCGUACUUGAUGAAGCUGGGAGGAAAGAUUGCCGAGAGGCCUCAGCACAUGCUGAUGCGUGUUUCCGUGGGAAUUCACGGAGAGGACAUCGAUGCAGCUAUUGAGACGUACAAUCUGCUCUCGCAGAAGUACUUCACUCAUGCCUCGCCGACUCUCUUCGCAGCAGCCACGCCAGUGCCUCAAUUGUCUUCCUGCUUUCUCCUCUCCAUGGCCGAGGACAGCAUCGAAGGAAUCUACGAUACCCUGAAGCAAUGUGCUCUGAUCUCAAAGGCUGCCGGAGGAAUUGGCGUGAAUAUGCACUGCAUUCGUGCUCGGGGCAGUCAUAUUGCCGGCACCAAUGGCACCUCCAAUGGCCUUGUCCCAAUGCUUCGUGUCUACAACACAACAGCCUGCUACGUUGAUCAGGGUGGGAACAAGCGUCCCGGUGCCUUUGCUAUCUACCUGGAGCCCUGGCACGGUGACAUCUUUGAGUUUUUGGAUCUCAAGAAGAAUACGGGCAAGGAGAAGGCACGAGCAAGGGAUCUGUUCUAUGCUCUGUGGAUCCCGGAUCUGUUUAUGCAGAGAGUAUCUGAAGAUGGGGAAUGGAGUUUGAUGUGUCCGAAUCAGAGUCCAGGAUUGUUUGAUUGCUGGGGUGAGAAAUUCAAUGAAUUGUACAUGAAGUAUGAGAAGGAAGGUAGGUAUAUCAGGAGAAUUCCUGCGAGAGAUCUCUGGUUUGCCAUAAUUCAGAGUCAAGUGGAAACUGGGACGCCGUACAUGUUGUACAAAGAUGCGUGCAACAGGAAGAGCAAUCAGCAGAAUAUUGGGACAAUUCGCUGUAGCAAUUUGUGCACAGAAAUUGUAGAAUAUUCGUCCAAGGAUGAGAUUGCUGUGUGCAAUCUGGCAUCUAUUGCUCUCAAUAUGUUCGUAAAGGCUGAUAAGACGUACGAUUUUGAGAAACUCAAAGCAGUGACGAAGAUUGUUACGCGCAAUUUGAACAAAGUCAUCGACAUCAACUACUAUCCCGUACCAGAGGCCAAAUUGUCCAAUAUGAGGCACAGGCCAAUUGGGAUUGGGGUUCAGGGUCUGGCGGAUGCUUUCAUUUUGAUGCGUCUGCCCUAUGACAGCGAAGAAGCCAAGAAACUCAAUCAGCAAAUCUUCGAGACCAUCUACUACGGUGCCUUGGAGGCAAGUUGCGAAUUGGCUGAGAAGCUUGGACCCUACGAGACAUACGCAGGAUGUCCAGUGAGCAAGGGUAUCCUGCAGUACGAAAUGUGGGGAAAGAAACCAACGGAUUUGUGGAAUUGGGAUGAGUUAAAGGCAAAAAUUGCCCAACAUGGCGUGAGGAAUUCGUUGCUGGUUGCCCCAAUGCCAACAGCUUCAACGGCCCAGAUUCUAGGCAAUAAUGAAUCCUUCGAACCCUACACAUCCAACAUGUACAACCGCCGAGUACUCUCCGGUGAAUUCCAGGUCGUCAACAGCCAUUUGCUGAAGGACCUUUCGGAACGAGGCCUCUGGAAUGACGACAUGAAGAACAAACUGAUUGCCAACAAUGGCUCAAUCCAGUCCAUCCAGGAGAUUCCGCUGGAAAUCCGCGAGCUCUACAAGACCGUUUGGGAGAUCAAGGUGAAGACCAUGAUCGAGAUGGCGGCUGACCGAGGAGCCUUUAUUGACCAGAGCCAGUCAUUCAACAUUUACGUGGCAGAACCCAAUUACGGCAAACUCACUUCCAUUCACUUCUACGCCUGGAAGCAGGGCCUGAAAACCGGAAUGUACUACCUGCGCACCAAACCAGCGGCCAAUGCAAUUCAAUUCACCGUGGACAAACUGAAGCUCCGGGAGGACAUCAGCACAAACGGGGAAACGCACGUGAAUGGGGAAAGUCAAGUGGAUCAGGGACGUGCCGAAAUGCUCUGUUCCCUGGACAACAAAGAAGCCUGCAUGUCCUGUGGCUCGUAAUACCCAACCCUCCGCCGCCCCCC